AAUUGGAAGCAUCGGAGCAGGCUCGCCCUUGCUGCAGACUCGUUGUUCAUGGCUGCUGUCGACCUCGUCCUACGGCGUUCUUCUCGUAUAGCACAACACCCGCAUCAAACUUCUAAACGGCGACCAACAACCAUUCCUGAACUUGAUACUGAGUCUGGAGAUAGCUCUACCAGCGAGACUGACGAGCUCACCCCACGUGCACUGAGAGCACUCAAACGUCAGCGUCUAACAGUUGACUCGGAUGGACUUUUAGUGUCCCAUAUACAUAGAAGAAAGAGACGCAAAGAGAAUGAUAACAACGCCGCCGCCCUCGACGACGUCAAGGAGACACACCAUAUCCCUCCUAUGCAACUUGAUCUACCUCUAUCAACUUCUAGCCCAGUCACAAGCCAGGAAUCUAUUCGUACCGUGCUUACCGAUCAACCGAGCAUUUUAGCGCCCAAAGAUGACGUUUCCCCGCCACCACCUCCAAUACAAGUCGACCUCGAUGCCCUAAUCCCAUUAGAUCCAUUACCAGAAUUUCCUCAUACAUCCCCUGACUUUCAAUCCAAUGCAUCUUUUAACUCCGAGUUUCCAUCUGACCCCUUCUCUUCAAAUACCCUUCCAUUCGGCUCAUCCCAGCCAACUCUUCCGGGUGCAUUCGGGUCAAAUCUCAAUCCUGGCUCGUUUUCUACAGGAUUCGGAUCCCAUUCUCACGAAUUCAUACCUGCCCAGUCCCAACCCGACUUUCAGGACAAUGCUUUUUCGAGUACACCCGGCUUCUCUUCUCCCACCGGGUUUCAGUCCAAUGGAUUCCCUCCACAGUCAAAUGAGUACGCCCAGUCGAAUGAAUCCAACGGAUAUCCCCAACAAGGAACGUUCUCCCAACCUCACACAAAUUCCUAUGAAUACGCACCCGUCCCCCACCGAGAUCGAGAAGUCAACAUCUGGAAACUAGCAUGCCAAGAACGAGUAGAAUUUUUACUCCGCCGCUAUGGUAUAGACACCAUCAAAGCCCUCGUAGCAUCUGAAGCACGCGCACGCUACCCCUCCCCCUCAUCCACCCGUUUCCGUCUCUACACACCUGCCUCCUACCUCGAACGCGCUAGCUACACCUACAAAUCAGCAGAAUUCGAAGCUGUCGAUUUUGAUAUGGAUGAUGAAGACGAUGAGGAUGAUGAUUUGGAUGGGGCCGAGUAUGAUGAGGAUUGUGAUUAUGAUGAGGACGAUGAAGAUGGCGAGGGCGAGGGGUUGUUUUUGAUGGAUGUAGGCAGGGAGGGGGUUAUUGUCCCGCCUUGUGUGCCGGCAAUUUUGUUGCCCGAAGUUCCGUCGAUAGCGCCGAUGACACCGGUGAUAACGGAAUCGAUACCUCAAAGAUCCCCGACGCGAUCUACUUCGCCGCCUGCGGUUACGAUGCUCUCACCGCAUCCCCGGCCAUUGUGUACGUCACCGCCGUGUACGCCUCUUCCGUUGAUUCGAAGAACGCCCUCUCCUCCUUCGACGCCACCGAGGUUUCCUGCUCCUUCAAUACCGAUGUCAACACUUCCAACGCUUCCUUCAACACCCGCACCCCAAUUACCGUCAACAUCCCCCCCACCUCAAAUGCCAACGACCGCACCCCCCACACCCCAAAUACCAAUACCAAUACCAACACCUCAAAUACCAACACAAACACACCCUCCCUCCACACCGCCACAAACACACCAACCCACACUCCCACGCACCCCACCCCUCAGUUCCCUCCACGUAACCCUCCUCUCCGAGCCUCCCCGCGCAUUUAUGGGACGUGGGACUCCUCCUGAUAGGAGACGGCUGAGUGAGUGGGGAAGGUGGGGGUGUGUGCAGGUUUAUGGGGGGAAAGGUGGGGAGAGGAGGGUUGUGCAUGGACAUGGGGAAAACUUGCAUACGGAACAGGCGCAACAUGUGGAUAACUUGUCAUCGCAGCACGUGGAGCAAGCGCAGCACGGUGAACAGAGCAACGAGAACCCGCCACUGCAGCAUAAUGAGAACCCACCCCCACCUCCGCAUGAAGAAACGCAUCAUACUCUCACCAACACCCACACACAUACUGUACCAGGGGAAUGGACGAGUUUUCUGUUUGCGAUGCUUGAGGGGGAUGGGACGGGUGCUGGGUGGUAUGAGCUUGGAGCGUCUGUUGGGGUGCAGAGUGGGCAGAAUGGCGAAAUUCCGCAGAGUAUGGGAGGAAUGGGUAGCUCGCAGGGUCUUGACGCUUUGGGCGUUUUGGGUGGGUCGCAAAACAUGGGAGUAUUGGGCCCUUCACAAGGAAUGAGCGCCUCCCAAAGCAUGGGAGUACUAGGCGCCUCGCAGACUGUAGGAGAAGCAGACAGUACGCUGCGGUUUGCGCUUGGGUGAGGGUGGUGACUGGUGCACUGCCUCGCUCACUACUCUAUUCACGUUUGCACAACUUAAUUCAU